AUGAAUCAAGGGAAUUUUCAAGAAAUUAUAGUUAUCGGUUAUAAAAAUGAAAAAUUGGUAGACGAUACAUAUAUAUAUGUCUAUGAUCUUUAUACGGGAUGUCAAAUAAUGAAAUUUAAACAAAAUGAUUGUUGUUUAAAAGGAAUAUUUAUUACGGAAAAGUAUAUUUUUUCUAGUCAAAGAGAAAAACCUAUUCUUCAUAUAUAUUCAUGGCAGAAGGAAAGUAUAUUUCAAAAAAUAAUUCUUCCUGAAACAUUAACGGCGUUUGCUGUUUCUCAUGAUGUUUAUUGGGCAGUUGGAGGUACAUUACAAGGAAAAAUAUAUCUUUGGCAGAUAUCAUCUGGAAAUUUGAUGUUUGUUCAUGACGCACAUUAUCAAAAGAUAACAGCAAUUACAUUUGUGAUGCAUGAUUCAUUUUUUUUGACAGGAUCUGAAGAUAAUCAUUUAUGUUUAUGGAGAUUGUUAGAUAUAGUUGAUUUAUAUUCCAAAAAGGAGGGAUGCCCUGUAAAAACAUGGAAUGAUCAUAGUUUAGCAAUUACAGACAUUGUUUGUGGGUUUGGGACAGCUAAUUCUGCAAGAGUUUUUACAUCUUCUUUGGAUAGCACAGUAAAUGUGUGGGAUUUAAGUACUCAAAGUCUUCUUACGACGUUUGUUUUUCCUAAACCAGUAACUUGUCUUGCAAUAGAUCCAGCAGAAAGAGCGUUUUAUGCGGGGAAUGAUCAAGGUGAUGUUUAUCUUGUUGAUUUAUAUGGCUUUGCAGAAGAGAAAUCUUUGGAAUCUUUUUAUGAAGCAAUAGGGGGGUCAAAAAAAGUUAUUCAAAGCGUUAACGAUGAAUCAACGAUAUUUAAAGGACAUAAAAAUGCUAUCUCAUGUUUGACAUUAUCUUUUGAUGGAUCUCUUUUAAUAUCAGGAUCUCAAGAUAAGGAUGUAUUUUUAUGGGAUAUUGCUACUCGUCAAAUAAUUCAUACAUUUAGCAAGCAAGAUGGACCAAUAACAUCUAUUUGUUGUAAAGUUAUCUAUCGGGGAUUUUUUGAAAAUAAAAUAUCUUUACAAAAUAUACCUACUUUUAAAAAGAUCCAAAAUUUUCAAGAUAUGAAUGAUUAUUCCAUUUUAAAGAACUUGCAUGUUUUUAAUGAAUUAAAAAAUAAAACAGCAUGGUAUGAAGAUGAUUUAACAUUAAUGAGAAAAGAUUUAAGUGAAUUUUCGUCUAUUGCAUCUGAGUCGGUAUUACAAUUAUAUAUUAAAAACUUGCAAAAUGAGUUACAAACGUUAUACGGAUAUUACUCUGAUUUGAGAGAAGUUCAUCAAGAAUUAUGGAAGGAGUAUAUGAAAAGUCAAAUAGUGGAUCAUGAUGAAAAUUAAUGUUUUUUAUAAAAGUAAUA